AUGGGAAUGCUACUCAAUGCUAUUCUCUUCUAUCUAGUCCUAUAUCGGACUCCUGUUCAGCUGAAGCUAUACUCAAUUCUGAUCGGGAACGCGGCAGUCACAGAUUUUCUAGCCUGCUUCUUUUCAUUUCUUAUCCAGCAACGAAUAAUCGCAAUAGGAAGGAGUUUGAUCUAUUUCUCAUAUGGGCCAUGUCGCUUGAUAGGCACAGAAUUUUGCUAUGUAACAAGACGUAUUAUCGCCAUACUAUCGAAACAUUCACUGUCUGAGCAUACCGAGAUUUUGCACAAGCAACUGCUCAAGAUGGAUUACGUCAGAUUGAUCACGAUUAUCUUUCAUACGAUCUGUGAUUCCCUUGGAAUGUUUUUCAACAUGGCUCUACUUUAUCUCGUACUAUUUCGAACUCCAUCCAGUAUGGCAAUAUAUUCUAUAUUGAUAGGAAAUGCAGCUCUUACGGAUUUUGUAGCAUGUCUUGCUGCUGUUCUCAUUCAGCAAAGAAUAGUUCCCUUAAAAACGAGUGUCGUAUACUUCUCACAUGGGCCAUGUCAAGCAAUAGGAGCCGAGUUUUGCUACCUUAUGUAUAGCGUCGCACUGUCCUGCUACGCUCAUGCUCUCUAUUCCUUGCUAUUCUCGUUUUACUUCAGAUAUUAUAUACUUAAAAAACAACAGCCAUCACCCCGUUUGCUAAAAUGCAUUGUAGCUAUCAUUUCCUUACCAUCAUGUUUCCAACUGAUCAUAAUGUGCUUCGCAAACCAACCUACAACGACACUGAUUGCGAUUUUGGAGCAAGAGUUGCCGUAUUAUGAGAUUGAGAACGAGACAAUUAGCGGACAUGCUAACGUUUUUCAAUGGGAAACAUUCACAGUGAUCCUACACGUGACACUACCUAUCGUACCAGUUUAUGCCUGUAUUCUUAUACUGAGAAAACGAAUCAUUAUUAUGCUCUCGACACGAUGUCUGUCAGAGAAUACGAAAAUAUUGCACAAACAGCUUCUGAAGGCACUCACCUGUCAGGCAAUGCUACCAGGCCUGUUCUUCUUCGGCGCUCUAAGCUACAUAUGCGGUCAGAUUGGUUUUUAUCGUCAUCCGCUUUUGGAGUCAUUCACGCUCAUGAGUAUCGGCUUGUUUCCUAUGCUGAGUCCACUGAGUAGUAUGUACUUCAUAGGCCCCUACAGAAAGAUCGUAUCCACAUUUUUGUUGAGGUUGUUCCAGAAAAGAACGUCACCAAUAGCAGGGGAUGACAGUACCAAGUCUCCGAGUAAUGCUAUUAUUAGAAUUAUUACAUCAGAAAGAACAGACGAAUACACGAAUGCAGCACUCACGCAUUUGAAAUUAGUUCUAUAUUACAUACUAAAAAAACAACAGCCAUCACCUCGAUUGCUUAAAUGUCUUAUAGCUAUCGUUUCCUUACCGUCAUGCUUCCAACUGAUCAUAAUGUGCUUUGCAAAUGAGCCCACUGCAACGCUGAUUCCGAUUCUGGUGCAGAAAUUGCCGCACUACGUGAUUGAGAACGAGACCAUUAGCGGUCAUACUAACGUUUUUGAAUGGAAAACAUUUACAGCAAUUCUGCACAUGACAGUACCUAUUGUACCAGUUUAUGUCUGUAUUCUUAUACUCAGAAAACGAAUCAUCACUAUGCUCUCAACACGUUAUAUGUCAGAAAAUACGAAGAUAUUACACAAGCAACUUCUCAAGGUUUAUAGUUCGAAGAAUUCCUUUUUAUUUCCCACAUGA